AUGAACAUGCCCAUGCCUGGGACGCCUUCAGCCGAGGUGGGAGCGGCAGUCUCUGAACCGACCACCAAGGUCUCAACGCUACCGAACGGAGUGAGGGUCAUUACGGAGUCUAAGGCUAGCAUGGGUUGCUCUAUGGCUAUCUUCUGCGCAACCGGCAGCCGAUCUGAGACUCUUGAGACUCACGGAGCGUCUCACUUCAUGCAGCAUCUGGCUUACAAGGCCACGGUGGACAAGUCGCACUUUGGUCUGACUCGUGCCAUUGAAAAGCUGGGUGGUCAUGUGGCAUGUGGAUCCAGCCGUGAUUGUAUCACUUAUGCUGGAGAAUGUCUUACCUCAAAUGCCGGUCAGUUGUUUGGUCUCAUGGCGGAGACAUUUUUGUACCCACGUCUUGAGAAGCUGGAUAUUGACAAUGCGCGUACCUUGGUCCUUGCUGAUAUUCAGAAUUCGAUGAAGAAUGGUGCAUUUGCCGUCCAAGAUGUUCUUCACACCGUUGCCUACCAAGGCCAGACUCUUGGUGCACCGAUGCUCUGCAAUCCUCAUGCUGCCGAGAUGAUGAAAGGCAGCGUCAUCGAGGCUUUCAAGCAGACGACCAUCAGUCCGCAGAGGAUCAUCGUGUCUGCAGUCGGAGUUGAUCAUGAUCGCAUGGUCGAGUAUGCUGAUAAGGCUUUUGGUGAAAUGCAACCAAGAAGUGUGUCGGAGCUCGUAGCUGCUCAAUAUGGUGGGGGCGACUGUCGUGUGCCAUCAGAGCCUGGACAGGUUCACCUUGCUUUGGGAUUUGAAGGAAUGCCCUGCACUGCCAAGGAGUCUGUUGCGGCUGCCGUUCUGCAGUCCCUGUUGGGCGGUGGAGACCAGUUCUCUGCAGGCGGACCAGGCAAGGGUUUGACUUCAAGAAUAUUUAGAAACGUCCUGUCACACCCAGAGAUUCUGACUGCAACGUCUUUCAACGUUUCAUAUAAGGAUUCGGGACUCUUUGGAAUUCAAGCAACCGUGAAUGCUCAUGAUGCGCAAAUGGCGAUCACGUCAGUGGCCGAAGAGCUUACCUCUCUGCGAGGAGGCUUCAGCGAGGAAGAAGUGACCAGGGCUAAGAAUAUGACGAUAUCGGCCCUCUUCUUGAACCUUGAAACCAUGGGAAUUGCUACUGAGGACCUCGGAAGACAAAUCAUGUACUACGGUAGCCGCAAGGAUGGAAAAGCUCUUGCUGCCGAGGUCUCUGCCAUCACGUCGCAGGAUCUGCAGAAGGUUGCGAAACAGAUUCUUUCUUCACCGCUUUCGUUUGCUGCAUACGGAGAUGUUGCUUACGUUCCAAGCUACAGCGAAAUCGUUGCCUUGACAAGAGCAUAA